CAUGCUCUCUCUCUCUCUCUCUCUCUCUCUCUCCCUCCCUCUCUCUCUCUCUCUCUCUGCAUCCUCCUCACACAUGAUCCAGCAGCAUCCAUCUCUCCGGAUGCGAUGCCCACCACAGCCGCCUGAUCCCCGCCUGGUCGCGGCUUCAUCACCAGGAUAAUGCAGAGCGGAGGGAUUGUGAAGACAUGAGCACAUCGAACAGAUGUCGAUGGACUCAUUCAACGCCGUAGAGCUCCGGGAGCUGCGGGGUGGAGGAGGUCGACGAGGCGUGUCCCCGACGCCGGCCUCAGCAUCCCGGACAGUCUCCGGCGCCGCCCGGGGCUUUGAGAACGCCUCCUACCAGCAGGACGAGGAACAUGACCACCAGCAGCAGCAGCAGCAGCAGGCGGCGGCCAAUUGUCCGCCCUCAACUUCAGGCAACAGCAAGGGGGAGCAGCAGCACCAGGAGAUCUCUCCACGCUCAUACGAUGAGGAGGAAGGAGCAGGUGGAGGACAGGAGGAGGGCCAAGACUUCAACCCAGCUGACGACCACUCUGCGGACUACGGUUUUAUCUUCGCCCUGGUGUUCCUGGUGAGCGGAAUCGUCCUCGUGGUGAUCGCCUACACAAUCCCCCGAGAGGCCAAAGUCGACCCGGACUCUGUGUCGGCACGCCAGAUGGAGAAGCUGGAGAUGUACUACGCCCAGCUGGGCUCCCACCUGGACAAGUGCAUCAUCGCGGGUCUGGGCUUGCUGACCCUGGGGGGGAUGUUCCUGUCUGUCCUGCUCAUGGUGUCCAUCUGCCGGGGAGAGAUGUACAGACGCAGGGCGGCGUUUGUUCGACCCAAGAGGACUUACGGCUCCAUCAGCUUGAGGAUGAAGCAGCUGGCAACUGGAGAGGCAGUAGGAGGCGAGGGCGGGGACGGAGGAGGGGAGUUUUUGGUCGAACAUGCAGACACGAGGAAUAAUAUACAGCCAGAUCCAAGCCGGGACUCCAAAUCAGAACCAGGACCAAGCAGGCAUCCUCCUCCAGCUGCUUCUUCUUCUUCGUCUUCUUCAGCUGCUGCACAUGGAGUCGACUAGCCGUUCUUUACUUUCACUCUGCAGCUGUGAGUGAGCACUCAGUUGCAAAAUGGGGAUGCAAAAUGGUGCAGGUCCCCCUCCCCAUUUGUGCUGACAGGAGAAGCACAUCUCGAGCACAAGGCUCUCUGCUGGAGCGACCCAGCAUUUUGGGAUGAACGUAAGUUUAUGGGACAUUUAUUCUAACCAAUCAUAAAAGGGAUGUAUUACUUAACAAAAGAGGGCUCGACCCAGUAGAAGAAGAGAGGUAAGCUUAUGCCGGUUUGGAAAAGAGCACAUUUGGAGAUGAAUGGUUGUAUAGCAAAGAUCUAAUAUAAAUCAUAGUAUGUUAAUCAGAGUUUUACAAGAAAAAGAAAGCACAUUGCGUCCGGCAGCCCUGGAGGUUUGUCGCCACUGCAGAAAGUAAGAUUAACACUUUAUUUAUGAAGUCCAGCUUCGAUUCCCGACUCAGUCAGGUGAACAAAAGAUUUAAAUCUCAUUAAGCUUAACACAGACAUUAAACAUCAACCUCGUCUGCUGCUGUGAAUAUCACUGCACAGGAAAUGAGGUGUCGUACUGGACUGUCUAAAUAAAGUCUGAUGGAAAGCCUGAUGCUAGCUCUCGCACAGAUAAACAGAGGCAACAUAAAGUAAUUCUUCUGUUGUGGCAUUUACACACACACACACACACACACACACACACACACACACACACCACCAGCAUCAACAGUAACCGUUAAACUGAACUCUUCAAACCGCCCUCAGUGACCUGCAGGAAACAAAAUAAAGGAUAAAAAAUGAACUUAAAGCUGCAUUAAGCAUUAUUUUUGAUAACUCAUGCCUGUUUUAGCUGCUUUUAGCACAUUGUUUUGGAUGGCUCAAGAUUUUAAUUGUUACAUACUAUCUGUUUCUCAUCAAAGUAUCAUUAAAUUUAAAUUAAUCUCAAAGUUUUUUUUAAUGUUUUACUGCUGCAGCACAUUUUACUAGUUGCCAACAUCAGCUUAAAGGUCCAGUGUGUAGAAUCUUAGCGCUGCAUUGCAAUCCCCUCACCUCAC